AUGAAAUCAGUUAUUUUAUCUUUGGCUGUCGUUCUUGCUUCCGUCGCUUAUGUUCAAGCGGGGACAUGCACCCUUACUUGGUUCGGCCAAUAUCGACAUGAAACUGGUAAUCAGAGUGGUUGUUACGGUGUUGAUGAGUCCGAUCCUAUAACAAAAGUUACUACCAGUACUACUGGUAGCUCCUACGUUUUUUACAGUGGCUACGGCUGCACAGGAGAUCCAAUCAUUUCCGGCCAUGAUACCUCCUCUGGACCUCCGGUUUACGCAAAAUCUGUCUAUUUAACAUGCGCAUAA